AUGGCGGCGUCUGGACCGCUGCAGCUCACGCUCGGCAUCAUCAAGCCUUCUGUCGCAGCCCAUCAGCCACACGUGCAAGAGAUCAUGCAGACUAUCAAGCGGAGAGGGCUGGAGAUCGUGCGGAGCAAGCGGAUACACUGGCAAGAACGGGAGGCUGAAGAGUUUUACGGAGAGCACCGCGGGCGAUUCUACUUUCCUCGGCUAGUCCAGCACGCGACAAGCGGCCCCUUCGUCGCCCUAGCGCUGUGCGCCCCGGACGCUAUCCAGCGAUGGCGAGGGCUGAUCGGGCCAACGCACGUCUACAAGGGACAGUGGGAGAAGCCGGAGACUUUGCGAGCGAGGUACGGUCUAAGCGAUACUCGGAACGGCUUUCAUGGUUCCGACUCGCCCGAAUCAGCUGCGAAGGAGCUCUCGCAGGUCUUUGAGAACUGGGACACGACGUGGUGGAUCGACCAGCGAAACAAGGGCGUCGAGUUCUUGUAG